GUUUCUGUGCCGCAUUCGCCCAAUCCCCGUCCGCCAUGGCUGCACGGAGUUCCGUCGCCCCUCUCGUCGGCCACGCGUCGUUCCCCUCUCCCCGGCUCGCCCUCACCGCCGUCCUGUCCCGCAAAAACAGACUCCUCACCGCCGUCCUCUCCCUGGCUCUCCUCGCCUCGGCAGCAGCGGCCUCCCUCGACCGCCUCUACCUCGCGCACGAGGCGCGCCUCGCGAUGGCAGCGAGGCAAGGGCAGGGGCUCUCCGGGGGCGAUGGCGGGGGAGCGGGGGAGAGGGAAGCGAGGGGGGCGAGGGGAGGCGGCGCGCUGUGGUUCGACCAGGCGCUGGACCACUUCAACCCCGCCGUGCGUUGCCGCCGCGCCUGCCACCUCUGCUAUGGCUCUGCAACGAAAAGCUACGGGCCGUGCCGUGUCGUGCCUAGUAGAAAUUUGAUGCUCUGGAUUGUACUAGGCACAUCCCGGGCGAAACACAGACGCGACGGGACGGAUUAUGUGCUGGGUUAGCAUGAGUGGAAGCAACACAUAGCCCAGGAUCAACCCCCUCCCUUUCCGUCCGCCAUAUCCACAUCUCCCCUCCGCUGCCCGUUCACACUCUCCCCCCCAACCCCGCCUGCCCUUGUGUUUCACCGUCUCGUCCUUCCGCGAAUCCCUCUUCUCUCAUUCUCUUUUGUGGCUGACCCCGCCCGCUCUCUUCUUACAAAAUUCGCCUCCCGCCCCUCAAGUGCCGUCCUCGCCCUCGUGAGCCAUGCACGGGGGGCCAUGCACGGGGGGCCAUGCACGGUAGGGCGUGACACUACAUGGCGUGUUGUAUGCUGCGUAAUCCUGCACACCAGGCCGAUUGCCGUUGCCAAACAUGUGUGUGUCUCUUGUCAUGUGUGUGUCUCUUGUCAUGUGUGUGUCUCUUGUCAUGUGUGUGUCUCUUGUCAAGUGUGUGUCUCUUGUCAUGUGUGUGUCUCUUGUCAUGUGUGUGUCUCUUGUCAUGUGUGUGUCUCUUGUCAUGCGUGUGUCUCUUGUCAUGCGUGUGUCUCUUGUCAUGCGUGUGUCUCUUGUCAUGCGUGUGUCUCUUGUCAUGUGUGUGUCUCUUGUCAUGUGUGUGUCUCUUGUCAUGUGUGUGUCUCUUGUCAUGUGUGUGUCUCUUGUCAUGUGUGUGUCUCUUGUCAUGUGUGUGUCUCUUGUCAUGUGUGUCUCUUGUCAUGUGUGUGUCUCUUGUCAUGUGUGUGUCUCUUGUCAUGUGUGUGUCUCUUGUCAUGUGUGUGUCUCUUGUCAUGGUGUGCAUGCAUGCGACAUGCGGCAUGCGGCAUGCGGCAUGCGGCAUGGACGUGCAUGGCGCGCCACAGGACGGGCGCACCUUCCCCCAGCGCUACUACGAGGAUUUUACUCACUUCAACGCGGCAGCGGGCGGCCCGGUGAUUCUCGUGAUCUGCGGGGAGGCGCCCUGCCACGGCAUUCCCAAUGACUACCGCACUGAGUUGGCAGCGCAUUUCGGGGCCGCCAUGGUGGCAUUGGAGCACCGUUUCUACGGCCAAUCACAGCCCUUUGCUGACCUCUCCACUGCCAGCUUGGCAUAUCUCUCGGCGAAUCAGGCACUGGCUGACCUGGCAACGUUCCGUCAAUUCUAUCAGCAACGCCUGGACCAUCUGUUCUAUGCGUCUCACAGCAGCAGCCAUGGCAGCAGUGGCAGCAAUGGGGAGCGGCGGUGGGUGGUGACGGGGGUGUCGUACGCGGGGGCUGUGAGCGCGUGGGCGCGGCUGUCCUAUCCGCACCUCUUCCACGCCAGCCUGGCGUCCUCCGCCGUGGUCAACGUCAUCCGCGACUUCUUCGAGUUCGAGGAGCAGGUGCUGCAGUCAGCGGGUCCCCUGUGUGCCACCAUCCUGCGCAACAUCACGCGCCGCGUCGAGCUGCAGCUGGCGUCGUCCGCCGCGGAAAGGCGCGCCGUCAAGCAGCUCUUCGCCGCCCACUCCGUGGAGCACGACGGUGACUUUCUCUUUCUUCUCGCCGAUGCUGCAGUCUUUGCUUUUCAGUACGGCCGCCCGGACCAGCUGUGCGACCCCCUCACUCAGGCACACGCCAAGGGCUCUGAUACCAUGCACGCCUAUGCAUCCUAUGUGCGCGAUCUCUUCUUCGCUCACUUCGGCGCCUCUCCAGCGGACUAUGACCGCCACUCUCUCGCCAACACCUCCCUUGUCGGGCCCAGUGCUGGCAUGCGCACGUGGCUGUACCAGUGCUGCACGCAAAUGGCCUUCUUCCAAACGCCCGCCCGCAUCGGCGAACCCAUUCGCUCAGCGGCUCUCAACAUGAGUUACUGGCAGGGGCUGUGUGCGUCUGUGUACGGCUCGCACCCGCGUGUGCUCUUCCCCGACACGGCCGCCACCAACACCUUCUUCGGAGGAACCGCCAUCGCCUCGUCGCGCAUCUUCUUCACCAACGGGUCGCAGGACCCCUGGAAGCGCGCAUCGCGACUCAUUGGCACCUAUGCAAUGCCGAGUGUGAUGGUGACGUGUCACAACUGCGGGCACGGAGUGGACAUGCGCGGCUGCCCCACGUGGCUCAACGCCAACCACCCCCAUGGCGACGCCUCGAGCUGCUCGGAUCCGUCCGUGCUGCCCGCUGUGAGGAGCGACCUCAAAGACGCUCUGGAGAGCUGGCUCCGCCCCGACUACAUGCCAGUGCUGACGGGUGCCUCUGACGGCCGCGCUGCCAUGUGAAGCAAUGCUGGAAGGGAGCCUCGCGCUGACCUCCGCUGCUCCACACAGAUGGCGCGAGCGGUGUUGCAUUGCCACUCCAAUGUACACUGCUGGCUGAUUCUCAUUCGCUUGUGCCAGCCAGCCGUGGCCAUUGCAUUACACACAUCUUUUGCAUAAGGGGGGGGUGGAGAGGUCGAGGUAGCAGAGUCUAGAAUAUAAGGACGGGGCCCUUAACCCAGACAUGAAGGGGGCAUCACCAAUCGAUGUUUGCGUAGAUCCGAAUGUGUGGUGGUUCAUUAGCUGGGGAUAAUACACUGGUUUUCCAUGAAUACUGUCUUAGCUUCUCUGGUUUUUCCAGGUUGACAUGCAAGACAAAGCUUGAUGUGCUGCAUGUGUUUUACCAAAAAGCAACCACCAC